AUGGGCAGCAUCAGCAACGGAACCACCCCCUCGGGGACUUUCCUCUUCACCUCCGAGUCCGUGGGUGAGGGCCACCCCGACAAGAUGGCUGACCAGAUCUCCGACGCCGUUCUCGACGCCUGCUUAGCUGAGGAUCCCCUCUCCAAGGUUGCCUGUGAGACUGCCACCAAGACUGGUAUGGUGAUGGUUUUCGGUGAAAUCACUACCAAGGCUAGACUCGACUACCAAAAGAUCAUCCGUGAUGCCGUCAAGGACAUCGGAUACGAUUCGUCCGACAAGGGCUUCGACUACAAGACCUGCAACGUCCUCGUUGCCAUUGAGCAGCAGUCCCCAGAUAUUGCCCAGGGUCUGCACUACGACGAGGCCCUAGAGAAGCUUGGUGCUGGUGACCAGGGUAUCAUGUUCGGCUAUGCCACCGACGAGACCCCCGAGCUCCUCCCCCUCACUCUCCUGCUGUCCCACAAGCUCAACCGUGCCUUGAAGCAGGGUCGUCUUGAUGGAACCGUCCCAUGGGUCCGUCCUGACACCAAGACCCAGGUCACCGUUGAGUAUGCCCACGACAACGGUGCUGUUAAGCCCCUCCGUGUCGAUACCGUCGUCAUCUCUGCCCAACACAGCCCCGAUGUCACCACCGAGACCGUCCGCAAGGAGCUCCUCGAGAAGGUCAUCAGGAAGACCAUCCCUGCCGAGCUUUUGGAUGACAAGACCGUCUUCCACCUCCAGCCCUCUGGCCUUUUCAUCAUCGGUGGUCCUCAGGGUGAUGCCGGUUUGACCGGUCGUAAGAUCAUUGUCGACACCUACGGUGGCUGGGGUGCUCACGGUGGUGGUGCUUUCUCCGGAAAGGAUUACUCCAAGGUCGACCGAUCGGCCGCCUACGUCGCUCGCUGGAUUGCCAAGUCUCUGGUCAAUGCUAAGCUUGCUCGCCGUGCUCUCGUUCAGCUGUCGUAUGCCAUUGGUGUCGCCGAGCCCCUCUCCAUCUUCGUCGAGACCUACGGUACCUCGUCCAAGAGCUCGACCGAGCUUGUCCAGAUCAUCCGCGACAACUUCGACCUCCGCCCCGGCGUCAUCGUCAAGGAGCUUGACCUGGCCAAGCCCAUCUACUUCCAGACUGCUAAGAACGGCCACUUCACCAACCAGGACUUCUCCUGGGAGAAGCCCAAGACCCUCAAGUUCUAA